UGGCAAACGGUGAUUGGUUGACUUGAUCAACUGAGCAAAAUAGAAAAACCCUAUUAUAUUCAAGAACCCUAUUUUUUUUUUCUUUUUCAUUCGGAGACGUUGAACCCUAAGUUUUCUCUGUGUUUGAUAACUAAAGAAUGGAUCCGCAGCCUGAACCCGUCAGCUACAUCUGUGGAGAUUGCGGACAAGAGAACACACUGAAGCCAGGGGACGUGAUUCAAUGCCGUGAGUGCGGAUAUCGCAUUCUGUACAAGAAACGUACCCGCAGAAUUGUCCAAUAUGAAGCACGUUGAAACUGCCAGGCUCGAAGGUCCAGUGCAUAUUGAUAUUGUCAACGAUAAGCAUUCUUACUGCAGUACUACUGCUAGGUGUUUUCUGAUAUUUCAUAUGUUGAUGUAAACUGUUAUUCUCUAAAAUUCUCUUUUGUAGCGCUCUGGUUGUUGAUCGCAUGGAAACUUUGUUUUGUGUUCUAAAAACAUAGCUUCAUGGUUGUAUUAUAUUAGUGUUCAUAUUCGUGGUAACCAACUUGUUUAUUUUUAUCUUUUAUU